GGCUCGUUCGCCAGUUCCGGUCACGUUGCUGGGUGUUUACGCCUCGAGCCCGCCCCAGACCCCCCUUCGGCGCCCCCGAGCCCCCCGGAGCCCCGGCCCGACUGCCCCGCAGCCUCCCAGCAGCUGAUGGCGCCGCAGCCAGGGCGGGCGCUGCGGAUCCCCAGGCGCAGCUAGCGCGGGGGGAAGAGCGCCGCCCCCACCCAGCCCGGCCCGGACCCAGGGCCCCGCCGGCCGGUGGCUCCCAGGUCCCGAAGGUGGGGCCCAGGCCUGGGUUGCCAUGGAUACCGUGUCCCUGGAGCAUCAGAUCCAGAGCGUGCAACGCCACAUCAGCUUCCUGAAAAAGGAGCAGAUGGCCCUGCUGCGAGACCUGCACCUGGAGAUCCUGAGGCUGCAGAAACGCUGCUCAGAACUGACCCAUGACCUGGAAAUGAGAGAGGCCCAAUCUCACCAGCAAGAGGCGGCAUCACGGGAGCUCGAGAGCAAGUGCCGCGCGCUGGAGUCGCAGCUGGAGGCGCGGGCCGCGGCCAACGCGGAGCUGCGGCAGGAGGUGGCACAGCGCGAGGCUCUGGUGUCCGCGCUGCGCUGCAGCCUGCGCACCGAGGAGCGCCGCUUCCUGGAGGAGCUGCGCCGCCGCAGCCACCGCGCCACCGUGCUGGGCACCGAGCUGCAGAAGCACACCGAGGCGGCCGCCUACCUCUCCUGCCAGCUGCACGCGGCGCGCCAGAGACUGCAGGCCCCGCGCCCGGGCCCCGGUGCCGCAGCCGAGCCCCGGCUACGCCGCCGCGCACCGCGGGCCCGCCGCCCGCCUGCUGCCCACGAGGCCGCCGCCAAGGGCCCCGGCCGGGACUGGGCCGCCUGGGACCGCGGGGCCGGCGCCCUGGACGACACCGACCCGAUGCCCGACCCCGCGCUCUUCCUCCGCAGCGCACGGAGGCCACUGAGGCCCAGCAUCCGCAGCCCGCGCCAGCCGCCUCCGCAGGAGCCCCCGGACCGGGCCGGCCCGCAGCCCGCGCCCAGCCCGCCCUGCCCGCCCAGCGCGCCCGGGGACCCGGAGUAGGCGCGGGGCUGGCCUGGGUGACGCGGGGCGGACGGGGAGGGCCAGCCAGGGACGCAGCUCGGGCCCCGCAGACAGGUCCAGGGGGCGGAGGCCAGCCGCCCCUCCUCCAGGAAGCGGGGCGAAGCGGCCCCGGCUUCCCCCAAACCCCCGAACCGCCAGCCUUUUGUACUUCCCAACGUUUCCAAAGCUUCGAGCCUUCUCCUCGCGCGAGAGCUCCUCCGCGGGGCCGAGCGGGGCACCUUCUCUACCGAGAGGACUCGCAGUCCCGAUCCUGGCCUGGUCCCACCUGCCAGUGAGACAGGAGGGACGGGGGCCACGCCCUGCCCCGGGAAAGCCGACAAUCCUUGGUGGGGUGGGGAGGGCUGGGCUGGCCUACGGAAAGGUGCGCAGAGUGGCAUUGAUGCCCCAGGCCCCCCAGCUCCCCCCGCCUCCCCCACCCCCAGGCCGACGCCCUUACCACCAAGCCUUCUUCGUCUCCAGGAGAGGCCCGGCUAGGGGCUGGUCCUUCUACCCCCACCCCGACCCUGCCGAUAGGUCCUUGCAGGUGAGCACGGAACACUUUAGAAGACAUGUCCUCCCAGAGCUCCUGGUGGGAAAAGUGCGCCUGAUGGGAGCGUAACUUCUGGAAGGUAGCAUCCAUGGGCCCUGGGAGAGGAUUACAGAACCGCCUGGGUGGCCGGACUUGGUCUAGAGCCGUCUCCAGCUCAGCUCUUCCCAAGUCCGCCACCCCCCUGGGAACGCAGGGACUGGGAGCUGUGCUGGGGAAGGGAGAUGACAGGCCUGCUGGCAGCCAGGCUUCCCGAAGGCAGGAGCUGUCUUCCCCCGCAGGAGGUAGCCCCAGGGGUUUUCCUAGUCCUGUUUAUUGGUGCUAAUUUUGCUCGGCUUCCUAAUCAGCUGGCUGCAUCCAGAGACAAGAAGAGGGCCUUGGUGAGGCGCGGUGGCUCACGCCUGUAAUCCCGGCACUUUGGGAUACCGAGGUCCUGACCCUGGCUGAGGCCACACAUUCUGUGUCACACAGGGGUCUGGGAGGUGAGCAGAAUUAAGCUCUAGGGGUGACAAGCUCUUCUCCCAUCACAGCCCCAUGAAGAGGGGGGAGUCCCCGAUCACACCCCCUUUCCCUCCAUUUGUUAGAGGGAGCAGGAAGUUGGCAAGAAGUAGAGACCAGUGAGCAAGCACACUCAGGGCCAAGCAAUGUGCGGCUCUCCCAGCUGACCCCACCCGGGACUGCCCAGACCACUGAGCAAUAACCAUGCCUGGUCUGGGGUGUCCAGCUCCUGGGAUUCAGAUGGCCGAGGUUGGGGCACCCUUGGGACAGUGCUCUCCAGUCUAGCUUGGGUCAAGAAGGUGGCCUGGGGUCCUUGCUCUGCUUGCCCCCACCUCUACCCUCUGCUAGUCCUGCAGUUGCGCCUGUGCCAUCUCUGCCCCACCUCAAGUGUGUGUAACUCACUGCACCCCUAUUCUGUCCUCCUCCCUUUCAGAACCUGUCUGUGUGUGAGGGCCUCAGUCCUCUCUCGGAGGUGCCCAGAGGACCGUGGGAAGGAGGGCUAAAGUCUCUUUCCAGAGGAGCCCACACAGACCCUCAUCUCCCACAACCACACUUUUGGGGUGAACAGGGUGACUUUGUUAGGUCAAUUCUUCUGCAGAGAUGGUGAAGUACUUUAUCUGCCCACCCACCCACUAAAAGCCAUAGCUCCAUCUGCCUGUCCUCCCCCAGCUCUAUAGCAAUAGCCCCCUUCCCCCUUCCCUCCUGGGCAUCCAAGGUGUCCAGCUGGGGGCCCCCACUGCACUCUGGCCCCAGGGAUCUUCCAGUGGCCUACCUGCCUCUCCCGAAGUGACUCCAUCAGCGCCGCUCAACUCCCGUCCCUCUUCCAGCAACCACUGGAAGGUGCUUGGAGAUCCCCUAGAUGAAAGGUUCUGGGUGCUGGGGCAGCUGACUCACUGGCUCAGCUGAGGUGCCGGAGGUGCCUGGGAAAGGAAAUAAGGCAAGCUGAGGCAGCACCUGUGGCAGACACAUGGUUCCAAUUUCACAGAAAUUCCCCUCCUCGCCCUCCUGCAAAUAAUGGAGACUUCCCUCCACCCACCUGCACAGAAGCGUCUGUGCAGCAGAACGAGACUGGGAGCUGGAGUCAGUGGUCUGCUCUUGGCCUCAGGGGCCCAACACUCCUCAGCUUCAGGGCCCUGGAGAGGCCCCACCCUCCCUGGGUCUGGCUUGAGAGCCCACCUGGCCAAAGGGAAGCCUCCCACCCCCAUGCCCUGCCCGCCCCUGGAAUGCCUUGGUGACUAAGAAGGGAAAGGAUUGUAUUUCUCUCUCCUCUGCUGCACGAAUCCCCACUGGGAGAGAGAGAGUGUUGAAGAGGACACUCAGGGUCCCUAGGUGGAGCUCCUGCCACACCUCACGUGUGGACAGCUCCAGGACAGACAGCUGCAGGCAGGGACCUCCCCCUGCUCUGGAAAUCAGCCAGGGAGCACUGGGCAGUGCAGUUUGAGGCUCUGUACCCCUGGCCCCCACAGCCCAGCCAUAGCACCCUCUAGCUUGGGGGACUAGUCCGGGGUCAAAAUGGGGUAGCCCUUCCCCAUAUAAGCAGUAGGAUGGCGUCCCCCCUGGUGGAGAGAGGAAGGUGGCCUAGAGGGUGUGGGGCAGCUUCUCAGCGUGGGGAGCCAGGGGUCUCCAAGCACCUUCUCCUGGACAUGUCAGCCUUAGGGGGCGCGCAGGGCUUCAGACCCACCUGGCAGGAGCCUUGUGGACAGGGCAGAGGAACCCUGCUCCAAAUUCUCUGUUGGCUGCGCUUUCGAAUCCAAUGCUUUUCAGAGUGUAUUCACUCACCCACAGAAAUAGAGCCCUGUGCUUUAGGGGUGACUGUCAUAUGCCUUAUUCUUAAUAAAAUCUCUGAAAAACA